AUGGCGCCAUCAGGACCAAUAAUCUGGUCAGAAGGCCAGGACAGGAUCCAGGCGGACGUUAUAUUCCUCCAUGGACUUCGGGGCCACGCAGAGAAGACAUGGAGCAAGGGGGAUACCUGCUGGCCUCGGGAUCUCUUACCGAAGGAUCUUCCACAUGCGCGGAUUGUUAGCUGGGGUUAUGACUCGAGCGUAUUGAAGCCGAUCAAGGCAUCGAGUCAGGCAAGCAUUUUUAGCCAUGCUGAGAAUCUACUACACGAUAUCUCUCGGAUUCGCGACUCUUGGGAGGCGGAGAUCCGUCCCAUUAUAUUCGUUGGUCAUAGCCUGGGUGGCUUGGUCAUCAAAGAAGCCCUUAUUCGAGCCUCGGAAUACCGGUCAAACGGUCAACAUGAUGAUCUUGGUGCCAUAUUCAGCUGCACAAAGGGUGUGGUAUUUCUUGGGACACCCCACCGCGGCAGUGGCAAAGCUAGCAUUGGAGAGAUUGUGUCCAACAUCGCUAAACUUGGUCUUCAACGUCCCAACGACAAGCUCAUUGAAGUACUUGCGGAGGACUCUCAAGUUCUCGAACGACAGAUGAAAUCUUUUACAUCAUUGAGCAGUGCGCUAUCAAUUGCUUGUGUGGCGGAAGAACUCCCUACCGGAAUUGGCAUGAUUGUGCCCGCAGCCUCUGCAACACUACAAGGCCAUUCGGAAUUGGAUCGGCCAGAAUCAGACUCAGACUCUACACCUCAGGAGAGGAGGGCUUCACCACCUCAUCUCAAUCGCCAGACUCGUGCAGAGAUACUGAAGAAUACACACCUGGCUAUAUCUACCAAGCCCAAAGAGCAAUCAGCAACGCCCACAUCGAAGCAGACUGGUGCUCCCGCUGCACAAGAGCCAAUGGCCAAACCACACUGGCGUGAUACCGGGGUUGUUCAGGAUACUGAAGAUGAGUCGGAUCAUUGUGGAAACCAUAUCACCCUUGAGGGCCAGAGACGUUCGAGACCAGAUCUGGAACAUCGGCCAAUACUCUCCAACCUAGAGCAAGGUUUUAGAUCUGAUGAUCAUUCGAUCGAUCCGCUCACUCUUUCCGGUCAAGUCCAAGUGGCUGGCGAAACCAUCCAAGACUACCAGCCGGACAUCGCCCAGGGUAGAGAUUCACACAUCAGCUGUGACAGUGCUAGCGAUUUUGAUUCGGAGGCAGCUGAUGACGACGAAACCGACGAUGACGAUGACGACGACACAGACGAUGACGCCGAGAUUGAAAAUGUCGACAUUGACGAUAUGCUUGGGAGACCAGAGGAUUUCCCAGCCUUCAAAGUCCUACUCAACUCAACGGAUGAGAAUCCACUUCCCGUUCCUGAAGACCUACAGACCACGCCAUCCCAAAAAUCCCUCACUGACGCUUCAAAGCUCAUAGCUCAACUAAUGUUGGAACGAUGCUCCGAUCCCGCUAUUUGCAAUGAACCCCUCUCGGAUAUUCUGAACGAGAUUGGGUCAGAAGCUAUAGCUAGAGAAGCUAGUAAUGUGUUUGACCAGAGGCUCCUUCAUAAUGACUUCUGGUCGAUUGAAGAUAUGAUUCUUAUACUCCCUGAUGUUCUCAUCUCCCAAAUCCCGAGCAAGGCGGCUGGUCUCUACAUGUUAUACAGCAUCGGGCCUUCGGAGAAGGUCCACGCCUAUGUAGGGAGAAGCCGUGGUCUUCGGAAGCGUCUGCAAGGCCACAUCCGCAAAAUCAAGGCCCUGAGAAUAGCCAAGGAGUCUGAUUGUCUACCAAAGACAAAUUCAUCGACCUUUCAAAGUUGCCAUAGACACUUCGCCCGAAUUGGUGGCCAAGUGAGGAUCAAAAUCCUUGGUCUCGUGGAUAGAAACAAACCAGUUGCAUAUGACUGCUGUCUUGAAUCUAUUGCUAUGCUAUUUUUCAAAACCCUGCCCACGACUGACACUGCACGUCGUCCUCGCAAUCGCGCCCUACAGGAUCUAUACGACAGCAUAUGGACUGGGCUAGAUCUCCACAAACGUUUCAACAACCAUGAACCACUGAACAGAAGUUUCCCCCCACUGGAGUUAGCUUCAUCCAAACCUCCGUUUGAGCAACUAUUCGGUCCCUGUGUAGGUUGUGGCAUGAGCAACUCUUAUCCUGGGAAUGUGAAGUUUCUCAGAAAUCCAAAUGACCCCAGCCAGGAAGUGUGUGACGCAUGUUACAGACGGGCUCGGAAAAACAAGCCUUUUCGGACCAAUGCGGACAUGCGGAAAGCCGAAGAGAAAGAAAUCGCUUUUCUAUCUAGACCCCUUCCGAAAGUUGGUUCACCUUGCGAGAAUCCAGCUUGUGGUUUAGACAGAGGUACGAGAACACUUCGCAUCAAUUCAUCGGAGAUAGGGGCACUUUACGUCUGCACUCUAUGCAGCGCCUACUGGGGUAUGUUCAAAGUCUUACGAUCAAUAGAGACAGUGCGGGGAGGGCAUAAACUUGAUGGACGUCCUCAGCCAGAAGACAGGGCAUGUGAAAACCCAAAUUGCGAUACUAUUGUUGCCAAAUCCGGGACCCAGCACUUUGCAACGAUGCAUUCUCAUACCACAGAAGAUGAAGUCGGCCUGUGGAUCUGUUACCGCUGCUGGUAUUACCACAAAAGGACUGGAAAGCUACCUGAGAAACCAAAGAAGCUCGAGAGACCAGACUUCUGCGACCAUUGUCAGACAGCUAUAAAGGAGUCAAAGAGUGAGAGCAAGUACAUUUUCGAGCGGCAACAAUGGUUGUGCUACAUUUAUUGGAUGUCGUAUGAAGCUACUGGUGAACCAAUUGGUCAGCUUUAUCCCAUAUUGACUGGGGAUCCUGAUCAGGUUCUGAGUUGUGGUGUUUGUGGACAGUCAGAAUCAGGAUGGAAAGGCCUCACAACCAGCAAGCCGUCAGCGGUCAGGCGUCGACAGCGCUACAUCUGGGCACCAUCAAUUCAACAGUUCGUGUGUAACUACCAGAGAACGAAUGUCGGCCGUGGUCGGGGUUUCAGGAACUCUGACGCCCGCGAUUGCUCGUUCACUCCAACACCGAUGGAUGAAGUGAGCAGUUCUUGA